CAACACAAUGAAUAUGUGGCUUUAGCAUGAGCUCUAACUAAACAGAACGGAAACUGAAAGAGAACCAGAUGCGAAGGACAGAGACAAAGUUGACAGACCGAAUUUUUUACAUAAAGAUAUCCAUCUUUAAGAGCUAAAAUGCUUACUUGGGAACAUAUUUUGCUCUUACUAAAAGGAACUCAUAAGCAGUUCGAAAUGAUUGAGGAAAAUGAAACAGGUAUGCCAUCAUGGAUCAGAACUGGAGACCUUCUAAUGAGGAAAAUAUAUAAACCUCCAGGACCUUAUCACGUUGGGGUUUACUGUGGAAAACAUGUGAUUGAGUUUACAGCUCCUGAGAACGUAACAAAGAAAAAUCAAAUCACAAGUUAUUCAUCAAACAGUGAAUCUGGCACAGUGAACAUGAAGAGUGUGAAGAACUUCAUUGGAGAGAAGCAGUACCGUGUCGUCCGUCUAAAGACGCCUAUACCUGAGAAUUUCUUUGACUCAGUUGAUGAUGCUAUGGAAUAUAAGGGGAUAUACCAUCCUUUGACAAAUAACUGUCUGCAUUUUGCACUCAGGCUCCUGGGGCUCGAACCAGGAUCUAUUCCACACGAACCAGGACCAAUUCCACAAAGCAGCUUCCUAGAGAUGGGGAAAUCAGCAUGGAGGAUUUGGAAGAAAGAGCUGUGUUUACUGGAUGCAAUCUACAUGUUUCCUACGCCCCAUGAGGCCUUGUGGGGAGUGCCCAGACCUUUUUCACAAAAACCGGAAAUACGUCAUCGUUGUGGAAGCUUAGUUCCCGUCAACUGUUAACACAUCAGAAAAACCUACCCUGGGAAGAGAUCAGAGAGUCUU